CCUUGUGUUGACCCCCUUGACGAACGCCGUACGAUUCACGAGUAUCUACAUAUUACGAUGGACUGCACAGAAUUUACACGAUCUGAGGACUACUUGGAUGAUCAGCAUCUCAGCAGACUCAAGAAUUAUCAGUACAGAUCAGUGGAUCAUUCACCAACAACAAAGUAUAUCUUGAGACAUUGGUAGGGUGGGAGUUUGUUGCAGGAUGGAUGCCUCCGUGGUUGGCGCCUAAUAUGAUUACUCUGAUCGGAUUAAUGUUCAUUGUUGUCAAUGUCAUUACAGUCAUCAUUUAUAUACCUGAUCUCAAGGCCGAUGCCCCGAGUUGGGUGUAUUUUUCAUUCGCGUUCGGGUUAUUUUUCUACCAAACAAUGGACAAUGUCGAUGGAAAACAAGCCCGGAAAACUGGAACUUCUUCCCCUCUUGGUGAAUUGUUCGAUCAUGGGAUUGAUUCAUUAAAUUGCGUCUUGGGAGGUCUAGUCCAAUGCGCCGCGGUCGGCACGGGACAUUCGCUAUAUGCAGUUUUUAUACUCAUUGUAGCCUGUUGGCCAAUGUAUCUCAGCACAUGGGAAGAGUAUCAUACUGGUAUUUUGUAUCUGGGCUUUGUUAAUGGCCCGACAGAAGGACUUUUGAUAGCGAUGGCGGUAUUACUUUGCACCGGCUUUGGUGGCGUUCAGCUAUGGAGCAAACCAGCCGAAAAUUUUAUUAUGCUGCCUCAACCAAUCUUAACCUACAGUGAAAAAUACGGACAUCAGCUCACAUUGUUAGACUUAUUCGUCUCGUUUGUGAUGUUUGCUCUUGUUUUCGGACAUGCCCCUUCAUGUUUUUACAAUACGUGGACGGCCAUUCGAACCAACAAAUCUCAGCCGCGCUCCAAACAAGAUUUACGAAUCCUAUCCUUUUCACAAGCCUUGCUUAGAACACUGCCACUAUUGAUCUUCACAUUCUGCUCAGCCUUAUGGCUCGCAUCCCCCCAUUCGCAUAUACUCAAGAGUGAAAAAAUAAUUGAGUUCGGUCUGAUGCUGUGUUUAAUAUUUGGGCGAAUCGCAACUAGGAUCAUUCUUUCUCAUUUAACGAAAUCAUCCUUCCCUUUUUGGUCAGGAAUGUUGAUUCCUAUUAUAGGAGGAUCAAUAUUAAUCAACCUACCUAUGAUCGGGCUACCGGUCGUCCUGUCUCCCUGGAGAGAAUUGGUCUUUUUACGAUUGAUGUUUUUCUUCAGCAUCGUUGGCUAUGUUGGUAGCUCAUUAAGAACUAUCAAUCGAUUUUGCGAAGUUCUCCGGAUCAAUUGCUUGACUAUUAGACCUAAGUCACCCGCUUAACGCACACGAAUACAUGAUCCAAUUUCUUCAAGAGCUCAAGUAUCCGUCUUACUAUUUCGUCUUGUACCGUUGUCGCUGUUCAAAUUUAUAGCAGAAGUAUCGGAACUACUUGACAAAUGUGAAAUGAUCUUCAACGUAUCCCUGCAUUCAAUCAAGCUGGCUAGGGCUCCAAAUAACUUACAAUAGAGAAGCACCACAUGAUGUAGGUUGAACUUCCGAUGGCG